GUGCUCGUUGUAACCCGGUGAGACUAUGCACUAUGCGAGAGCUGGGUUGCUUACCAAACAGUAAAACGCCAUAACCACGUCGUACACAGGUAUGGCAACUGCCUGUGUCCUGUCAGUCUCUUCAGUAAAGCACCACCAGAGUAAGUGGGACGUGAGCUAAGAAUUCCGGAAAACGUUCUGCAUCUCACCCUCCAAGUGCUGUUGGCAGUAUAACUAAGUAUCUUCAAAUAUGUGACCAAGCUACAGAUUCUCAGAUGCAUUUCAGUAACAUGUGGCUACUACCAUAAGAAUCUGUUGAUUUCUUGAUUUCAGUGUUCUCCUUCAUUUGUCCUACACCUGGGAACAUGGGCAUAAGUACGCUGUGGUUUCCUAUUUUGCUCUCUUUGUUUAGACUGAUAGUUCUCACCUCAAAAGGGUUGUCAGAGUCUGAGUAAACAGUGUCUGGCACAAUGCAGCCCUAUAAUCCAUGCUGUAAAAAAUGCUGGAUAGCAAAAUUAAAGUGAUCUCAGAUAUUAAUAAAGCACUCAGCACUCUACUGUCCAAACACAAAAAGUAACAAUGUUGCCCUUUAAGUAUAACUAAACCCCAGAAGUGGGAUUUUGUUCACAUAUUUUGUGUAAUCUAUGGAGUGGCCUGGUCUCAAAGAUGCAUUUUAAAUUGUCCUGUUCCUGAUGGCUUAAAUUCCUAGAUUGAAACACACUCAGCUGUCAAGUCAGAAACAAACCUGAAGCGAUCAACGGGGAUGUGUUUAAUUUCCUGCCCCUACUGUCGAUUAAGGUUUAUCUUCUGCUUGGUGUUACUCAUUAAAAGCAACAACAGAAGUUCUGGAGCACAUAGCGUCCAGUCAAAUGCUCUAGCAAAGGCUCUGUUAUGAAAAGGAUUUUCUAAUAAGGGGAAUAAUGAUCUUCAGAUUCUGACCUCCUGGCACGGUAUUGAGCUUUAUCAGGAGGGGCAUGUGACUGGUUAAGACACACAGCCCCGGCUCGAAGGAAACAGCUGCUCAUUUCAUGCUUUAGCACUUGGCAGCUGGACAAGGAAGGGUGAUGUUUGUGUUGAAUACCUCUGCAGAAGCAAGUACAGGCUUUUGUAAAACACCUAAGGGUGAGGCAUGUUUUUGUGGCUUCAUUGAUAAGCAGUCAUUCAUGCUCAGAACGCCUGUACUUCUGUGAUCUGUGGUUAGUAACAACGCCGGUUUUGCUCUUGCAGGGACGAGGCAGAUUUCCCUUGAAGUCCAGCUAAGAAUGCAACCAACAAUAAAGUGAAAAAGCUGUGCAGCUGAGGAAGCAUCCUUCUUCUUGGUGAAAAUGUCUCUUAUUUUUUGACAACAAUUAAAGGACAAUGGGAUCAAACACACUUGGGAAGGCUGCAACAUUAGAUGAGCUUUUGAAUGCUUGCAUUGAAAUGUUUGAUGACAAAGGAAAUCGGUGUGCCAGCCAUCUGCCAAGAACCUUUCUUUUAAUGCACCAGUGGUAUCUGCCUUCCACAGAGCUGGCUGGCAAACUUCUGUCCACAUAUAGAGAUGCCAGUGGGGACAACUGCAAUGAAUUCAGGCUGAAAAUCUGCUAUUUCAUGAGAUACUGGAUUUUGGAAUUUCCUGCGGAGUUCAACUUGGAUCUUGGGCUGAUUCGCUUGACUGAAGAGUUUCGAGAAGUAGCCAGCCAGCUCGGAUACGAGGAUCACAUCCACCUCAUUGAUAUCUCCAGCAUUCCUUCUUAUGACUGGAUGAGAAGAGUUACACAGAGGAAGAGGAUUUCCAAGAAAGGAAAGGCCUGUCUGCUCUUCGACCAUCUGGAGCCCAUUGAGCUUGCUGAACAUCUCACUUUUCUGGAGCAUAAAUCUUUCAGGAGAAUUUCAUUCACAGACUACCAAAGCUAUGUGAUUCAUGGCUGCCUGGAGAACAAUCCUACUUUGGAGAGAUCCAUUGCUUUAUUUAAUGGUAUCUCCAAAUGGGUCCAGCUCAUGGUUCUCAGCAAACCAACGCCCCAGCAAAGGGCAGAAGUAAUCACGAAGUUUAUCAAUGUUGCACAGAAGCUGCUUCACCUCCAGAACUUCAACACAUUGAUGGCAGUUGUGGGAGGUCUAAGCCACAGCUCUAUUUCUCGCCUGAAAGAAACACAUUCUCAUCUCUCUUCAGAAGUCACAAAGGACUGGAAUGAAAUGACAGAGCUGGUCUCUUCCAACGGAAACUACUGCAGCUACCGCAAGGCUUUUGCUGACUGUAUUGGCUUCAAAAUUCCUAUUUUAGGAGUUCAUUUGAAAGACUUGAUUGCUGUCCAUGUCAUUUUCCCAGAUUGGAUAGAUGAGAACAAAGUUAACAUAGUAAAAAUGCAACAGCUUUCCAUCACCUUGAGCGAACUGGUUUCCCUGCAAACCGCCUCUCAUCAUUUAGAGCCUAAUAUGGAUUUAAUUAACCUGCUAACCCUGUCCUUGGACCUCUAUCACACUGAGGAUGACAUCUACAAGCUCUCACUGGUGCUGGAACCAAGGAACUCAAAAUCUCAGCCUACCUCCCCAACGACCCCAAACAAGCCAGUAGUGCCACUGGAGUGGGCAUCUGGAGUGGUACCAAAACCUGACCCUACUGUCAUUAACAAGCACAUUAGAAAACUUGUGGAUUCUGUCUUUAGAAACUAUGAUCAUGACCAUGACGGCUAUAUUUCUCAGGAAGACUUUGAAAGUAUAGCUGCUAACUUCCCAUUUUUGGACUCCUUCUGUGUGCUGGACAAAGAUCAAGAUGGUCUUAUAAGCAAAGAAGAAAUGAUGGCUUACUUUCUGAGAGCUAAAUCACAGUUCCAGUGCAAAAUGGGACCAGGGUUUAUUCAUAACUUUCAGGAGAUGACAUAUCUUAAGCCAACUUUCUGUGAGCACUGUGCAGGAUUUCUCUGGGGCAUAAUCAAACAAGGCUACAAAUGCAAAGACUGUGGUGCCAACUGUCAUAAGCAAUGCAGAGACCUGCUUGUGCUGGCCUGCAGGAAAUUUUCCAGAGGAACCUCAGUAGGCAGCAACCAUGGCUCUCUGCCUAGCAGUCCAUCUCUGCCGCCAGUCCAAGAUGAAAUAUUUGACUUUCCCAGUGUUGGCACAGAACACCAGGAGCUUGACGGCAGAGCUAUCACCCUUGUCACUGGCUCUUCACGGAAAAUUUCCGUGCGGCUGCAGAGGGCGACCACCAGCCAAGCAACACAGACAGAGCCACUCUGGCAUGAGGCAGGCUGGAAUGAUUCAGGUUCCCAUACUUUCCCCAAAAUGAAGUCUAAAUUCCAUGGCAAAGCUGGGAAGAACAAAGGCUUUGCAAAAUGGGAGAACGAGAAGCCCGGUGUACAGGCUGAUGCAGAGCUAGAAGCCCAGACCCCACAACACUUAGAGGAUCACAAUGGAACAGAAACCCUCCUAGAAAGACAAGAAUCUGAGGACAGCUGAGUGCUUACCCUGAAGCACAGAAAAAUGAAGAUGGCAAGUAUAAUACAGCAAGCAUUGACAGGCUCUCAUGAACCACAUUCAGCCAUGAGAGGUUUUCCUGUUCCUCAUACUUUUACAUUCAACCACCAGCCCAUUUUCUUAGCUGAAAGGUGCUAUAAGGCACUAUUAAUUUUUCUCAUGAGUAAGCCAUUUGGAUGAACACUGCACAGACACAGCAGGAAGGGUCUCUGUGCUCAGUGUUUUCUCUUGCAUGACUUUUGUGGAAACUUCCCUCUAGCUGCCAGCGAGGAUAAACUUGGCCUCUUUUGACUGUACUGCAUCAUGAUGAUAUGUCUGCCAGCAACAACAACUGUGAGGACAGAAGCCAAGUUCGUUUGAUAACACUUUUCCAGAGGCUUGUAGUGAUCUUUUACAGAAAGAAGUAGGUGUGUAUGUUGAUUAAAUCUCAAGCAAAAAUCUUUCAGGUUCAUCUGUGCUGAAGCUCUACACACCUGAGGUUUUGAAUUCUGGCCAAGUUUACAUUGCUACAAUGAGUUUAUUGGUGUUCAGAACUGUGAUACCAGUUCCCAGACUGGAGAUCCUUCAAAAAAGCAUCAUGUGGCUAAGACUGAAGGAAUUCAAGACACUAUACAUUUGUGUGGUUAGACUGCAAUGGAGAGGAGUCAUCUCUGCCAGCACUGAUUAUGGAAAAAUAAGAAUGUAAUAAACACCUUAGUUUUAA